CAUGAGUUUCAGAAGAAGUGGUUACCUUUAUAGCCACAAGAGGAUCCACACUGGAGAGAAACCAUAUACAUGUCACGACUGCAGAAAAAGCUUUAGACACAAUAAUUCACUCAGGAGCCAUAGAAGGCUUCACUCAGGGAAAAAAUCCUAUAAAUGCCUGGAGUGUGGAAAAUGUUUUAGUGAGAGUGCCCAGCUUACCUCCCACAAUAGGAUCCACACAGGAGAGAAGCCAUUUAAAUGCAUCGACUGUGGAAAGAGUUUCAAAGACGGGAGAAAUCUUAUGCUGCAUAAAGAAUCCACACGGGAGAAGCCAUAUCAGUGUGUAGAGUGUGGAAAGAAUUUCAGAACCGGGAAUGUCUUUAAUUACCAUAAGAAGACCCACAGCAUGAAAAGAUGAUGUAAGGCCUA